AAUAGAUUAUUGAAACAUAGUUUAUGAACAUAUUUUAUGAAGCUUCGUCUUCAUGAACGAGUUGGCUGAAAAGUGUGGUGAAUUUAACUGAUAUCGUGGGAUUCGCACUAACUUUUCGAAUUUAAGAAAUUAUUUUUUAAUACCCUCAGUGGAGGAAAAUGUUGUUGGAAUACAUGUUAAAUGUUGUAUAUAAUGGCAUUAAAUAUGUCAUUUAUAACAACCCGUGCGUGAGGAUUAUCCGCUGGUGUUUUCACCCAAUGACAGUAUCUGUUUUUGCAAUUUCUACAGGAUUUGUUGUCAUCUACAUCCCAUUCCGAGCCUUAAAUAACAGAAGACAUAAAAGACUAUUGAGAAAAAAGAUCAAGGAAAAAUUAAAUCAAGUUUGUAAAAACAAGAAGAAAUUAGAACAAGAUCUUAUUUCAGCCAACCAAAAUAAUCUCUGUGUACAACUUUAUGUCUCUGAACUUCUGCAAAAACUGCAAGAUGGAAGUUUCACUUGCUUGGAAGUUCUCAGGGCUUACCAAGCCAAAGCUUUGGAAAUUACCAAUGAGUACAACUGUAUCACAGAGUUCAUCUUAGAAGCUGAGGAGUGGGCCAAAGAGCUAGACGUCGAAGCUGCACGUAGCGGGAAGAAAGGUCCACUUCAUGGAUUACCAUUCAGCGUGAAAGACAACGUUGGCUUAAUCGGCUAUGAUAGUACAGUUGGUAUUUCCCAGUUUAUCAAUCAGCCUGCCAUCGAAGACGCUGCAAUGGUCAUUGCGUUAAAAAAGCUCGGAGCUAUUCCGUUUUGCAAAACGAAUAUUCCACAAACCAACAUGAGCUUUGGAUGCAGCAAUCCUAUUUGGGGAUUGACCAAGAAUCCGUGGGACAAAGAGCGCACACCAGGUGGUUCAACAGGAGGCGAAGCAUGUCUUAUUGCUGCGGGGGGAUCACCAUUAGGAAUCGGGACUGACAUUGGAGGAAGUGUCCGGCUACCAGCCGCCUUUUGUGGAAUAUAUUCUAUUAAACCGACGACUUUUAGAUUCAGCGCAAAAGGAGUAAAGAAAGUUACUAUACCAAAUGUCGGAAUCACACCCGUUCCAGGGAUUAUGGCACGUGAUUCCCAUACUGUGACUACAGUUACAAAACUUCUUCUCGAAAACAAUCACCUUCAAACGUGUGGUGAUCCUGACCUCUUGCCCAUUCCAUGGAAUGAAUUAGCAUUCAUAGGAAAGAAGAAGCUUCGAAUCGGCUACUAUGAAGAUGAUGGAUUUUUCCCUACUACUCCUGGAAUCCGUCGGGCCAUUCAAAUUGCGAAAAAUAGGCUAGAGGCAUCAGGACACGAGCUUGUACCGUUCGUCCCUCCGCGGGUCGACUAUGUUUUAAAUUCUUUCAUCAGCAUUUUGACAGCUGAUCAAAGUAGAUACUUACUGCAAGCACUGUCUAACGAUGACAUUGAUCCAGUUUUAAAACCGACAUUGUUUCUUUUGAGUAUACCAAGUGCCAUGAAGCGACUUCUGCAGCCGUUGUUGUCAUCGUUCUCUACCCGAUUGAUUCCUACCUACUUAGGUCUUGGAGGAAACAGAAUCCGACAAAGCCACCAGCUUUGGAAAGAAAUUAGCAAGAAGAAUUUGUACAAAGAAGAAUUUUUGUCAUAUUGGAGAACACUAGAACUAGAUUUGUGUAUCGGACCGUGUUUUGCGUGCCCGGCGCCUCGUUCAAAGGAUGUUGCCAAGCUUUCCCCUGCUCUCUCGUACACAAGCCUGUACAAUUUUCUUGAUUUCCCUGUGGGAAUCGUACCGAUUGACAAAGAAACAAUGGAAGAUCAGUCAAAGUUAAACAUCGACUACAAUCACUUUGACUUGGUUUGUAACCUUGUUAAAGCGACUACUAAAGGGGCAACUGGAAUGCCACUAGCAAUCCAAGUCAUUGGCCUGCCGUACCAAGAAGAGAUGGUUCUUCGUGGAAUGCAAGUUCUUGAUACCACAAUUCAUCAACAGUUAAGGCCGUAGAAGUGCAAAGUUUUUGAAACUGUAGGUGAGCUCCCACGAAAUUUCGUGAGAAAGCAAUUUAAGUAGUAUUAUAUUUUAAAAUGCAAUUAUCUUGACUUAUUUUGCGUAAUAGCUUGGACGCUAAGUAUUUCAUGUGUAGUAAUGCUGUUAAGGAUUGAUUUUCAAAGCGUACGUUUUCCGCAAAGGGUUGUUAACGUUUCGUGUGAAAAUGAGUCAAUACCUUUUAUUGAUUUAUUUCCAGAUGAAACUGAAAACACUAAUAAUUGAAAUACCAUUUUUUUCCCGCAAAAGUAGUCUGCAAAAUGUUACGAUUUGGCAACGCUGUAAUUUACCUAUAUAGCACCAGAAGUAGGAACCACAGUAAGAAUGCGGGAUUAUGAAAUGAAAAGUGUCUUGAAGCAAAUUCGGAUGUGCUUUAAUUUAGUAUGUAUCAUUCCCCAUCUGCUGUUAGGAUUACGGUAAGCUCAAAUUGUUUAUAUACUUUGCUUACGCUGUCGGUGUAGUGUUAGCAAAAAGCGUUGGAAUCAAUUAAGCUGAUAUUCUGUGAUUCAUUCCUACGCCUGUUAAUUGAUAGUGGUUGUCUUCUAAUGGUGUUAGAUUUAUUUCAACUGCUAGGUAUGCCUUGUCAAAUUGGAAAUAUGAUUGACAUUUAUUAGCUAUGCAUUAUUCAGGUAUCGCUGUUGGAAAGAUUAUGUGAACGAACAGCACAAAGAGUCAAAGAUUUGUCUUGCUUGUUGCCAAUUACAUGUGGCUUAUCAGUAUUCCUGCUAAUCUUGAGACAUUUAAAUCCAAGGUAAUAAUAAAAGACUUAUGAUAAGCAUUAAA